CGAGAAACCGGCUGCGGGGGGCAUUUCCGCUUCCGGGCGAGAGGUGGUCGCCAUGGCGGUGCUGGCUUCCAACCCUAACAACCCCGUGGUGUUCUUCGAUGUCACCAUCGGAGGCCAGGAGGUCGGCCGCAUGAAGGUGGAGCUCUUCGCCGACGUGGUGCCCAAGACGGCCGAGAAUUUCAGGCAGUUUUGUACAGGUGAAUUCAGGAAAGAUGGCGUUCCUAUUGGCUACAAAGGCAGCACUUUUCACAGGGUUAUAAAAGACUUUAUGAUCCAAGGAGGUGAUUUUGUAAAUGGAGACGGCACUGGAGUGGCCAGCAUAUACCGGGGGCCCUUUGCAGACGAGAACUUCAAACUGAAGCACUCGGCUCCUGGCUUGCUGUCCAUGGCAAACAGCGGCCCGAGCACCAACGGAUGCCAGUUCUUCAUCACAUGCUCCAAGUGUGACUGGCUGGAUGGGAAGCACGUGGUGUUCGGUAAAAUAAUUGAUGGACUCCUUGUCAUGAGAAAAAUUGAAAACGUGCCCACCGGUCCAAACAACAAACCGAAGCUGCCAGUGGUGAUCGCCCAGUGUGGCGAGAUGUGAGGAGGCCACCCUUGGGUUAAUAUCUCAUCUUGGAUCACCACCAUUUCCCAGUCGCUUCAUCUUUGCUUCCCCUGGUGCCUCAUUCCACCCACAUUCCAGAAUUUUUCCUCCUUGUAAAUAAAGGGUUUUGUUUAA